AUGCUUCCAGCAGAGAGAGACGGCCAGCCGGCUCCUGAACCUGUCCUCGUCGGGCAUGUUCCGCUUCAAGAGCAGGGUCUGUCCGUGCCAGGGCAAGGCUAUGACCGUACAAUGGAUGUUCACAAAGGCAAUAUUACCAUCAAGCCUGAUCACGAAGGUCUACAAGCCGACCACUCCCAAUUCUUGUCCGGAGGCACGUCCGCAGAUGAACAAGUCGGUACAGCCCCAGCGGUUGUAACCAAGACCGAGAAGGAGCUUACGACUUCUUUGAGUCCCCCUGGCAAACCGAGACGCAGAAGAAAACUUAUUUUUGUGGUCAUUGCUCUCACUCUUGUGAUUACUGCAGCAAUAAUAGGUGGUGUCCUUGGAUCUAGGACAGCUGGCGGCAGCACGAACACCUCUCCGAGCGGCUCUCCGAGCGCCUCUCCGAGCGCUACAAACCCUCCAAACACUACAUCCGAUACAUCGUCUCUUAUCAAGCAACAAUCCGGUCUAUCAGUGGCUGCAUGGAGGAAGAGCCAAGGAGGUCUGCAAAUCUUGUUGUAUUACCAAAGUCUAGACGGCACGCUUCGAUGGUCGACCUACGACGAUCCACAGAACGAAUCUACAUAUAGCAGUUCAUACUGGGGAGAAAGCAAGCCGCUAGGUGAUGCAGACUCAGAUCAAGCUGCCAAUGACACAGGUUUGGCAGCUACGAUGAUUCUAUGGGACACGAAUUACAUGCCCCAGAUAAAUGUCUUCUAUGUCCAGUCGAGUGAAUUCCCGAAAUUACGCGCAAAGUGGAACGUAAACAGCGAGCCUAAAUACCAUCAAUACCAGGGCGUCAUCAACUCUUUCAACCAGGCAAGUACGGGCAGGACCUUGGCAGGAUACUGGCCGUACUACGCCCGCCUCGAUGGGGACAAUGCAGUGGCCAUGUGGCGUGAUGACCCGUACUCUUCCAAUUACGAAACAGGGAACUGGAGCGUUUGGUUUGUGUCUGACGCCAAUCCUAUGACUGGGAGCAAGUUAGCAGUGGUACCAACAGGACCAAACAUGACGAGCCUGGCCUCGUGGUGGAAUUAUGGCUUGAUCUUCCAAACCACAACUGGGGACUUGGCCCUUUCACAGCCUCACAAGGCACAGGCCGAAGCCAAUAACACUUUCGUAGACAGUUGGCGCAGCGACACAGGGUUCCCGUCGAUUUCCUUGGCGCCCGGCGGGUCCUUCGCAGCCUUCGCUACGACUAGGCCGGACAGUAGUGAAGGAAUCGUGAACACAUAUGUGCUCUACCAAGAGCCUUCAUCACGGAUCAGCAUGGUUUACCUUGACAACAAGUCUCAGUGGCUCAUCACACACCCCGAGGCUCUCAGCAUCGCAGACAAUGGGACAAACAUCGCAUGCGUGACCAUGCCGAUGACGCUGAGGGAUGCUGAUGGGAACGAUUUACGCCUCGAAUUAGCUUCAAACCAUACCAACAGAUGUUACUUCCAGCGAGCUGGACAUGUGAUUGAAGUCGCGAUGACCGGGACCGAUUGGACCGAGCUGGGAACAGUCCCAAUUGAAUAA